AUGAUCCUGCAGAACUUGCUGAACAACCCGUCCUCGGACACGCGCGACAAGCACCGCAAGCUGAACACGUCCAGCCCUCGCUUUCAGGAGCUCCUCAGCGACAAGGGAGCCCCAGCGGAGCUGCUGAAGCUGGCAGGGUUCGAGUACCAGCGCCCAAACUUCACGUUCGGGACGGAGCAGCCCACGGAGGCGGCCCAGCGGGUGCUGGAGCUGCUGCAGGAGGCGCAGCGCAACCUCGACCACAGCUGGGCCUCCAGCCGCGCCAGCGCGGGCGCCGCGGGCAGCG